UUUAGACAUUGCAUUGUAUCGCCACUGGUCGUUGUUUGAGAGUUUAUGUCACUCGUUAAACACGGGGACGACGUUUAAGGUUUGGACGAACCUUGGAAUGAAACGACUUCAUCAGUUUCUUGCUGAGAUGGGGAUUCCCCUAACACAGUGCAAGCAAAGCUUUGCUUUCAUGGAGACCAAGACACGCGACAACUUACAAACGCUCGUUCAAGAAUCAGCCGAAAAGUUUGGGUUGAGAAAUAUUAAGUUUCAUUCGUUCACUGCUCAGUGUGGGUUCAAUCAUAAGCUUUGUGCAAGCGAUGUCGUAUUUUCAGUUGACUCAAUUCUCACAAACACAGAGAGCAGCAAACCUGAGAGUUACGAAGAUAAUUCAAACUUUGUCGACGCUUUGGAAGGUUUGUCCAGGAUAACUUCUCCAAAACUAGAGGAAGGCCUUCAACUCGCUAAAGUUCAAUUGCGAGCCAUUAAGAAUAAUGUUGGUUCGUUUAUUGAUAUUGGGCAAGUGUUAAGUUAUGGACCUUUCCUGUAUACUAACAUUAAAGAGGGAAGUCCAGAUUGCACAUUAUUCGCGCAACCGUUAUUUCUCGUUACUUUCUCACAUUUCUUGCUUCAUUCAUACAUGAGAUCCCUUGGCAAGUCGAAGCGCGAUCGAGCGCGAAACCUCCCUCUCGUUAUCUGCUCCCCUUCGCCGCAAGAGGGCUCCACCAUGGUUGUCGGAAUUCCCCCCCUCUCAGAAGAAUCAAGGAAAAA